AAACGAAAGUAAACUCUGGCUUUUUGCUAUUAUUUGAAGCACAGGCUGUAGUGUAAACGUGUCGUGGAAAAUGGCGGAAAUCAUCUUGGGAAACAAACCUAAACUCAUCAAAUGGCUUAGUUCGGGUUAUGAAUUGUUUUUGCAACAUGUUCAAGCUAAAAAACUUAUAACGUCGGAGUAUAGUGAACUAAUAGACAUGCAGAGUAAGAAUACGGGCGUUAUCAAACUUCUGGACAUUAUCCUUGGAAAGGGUGAAGAUGUGUGUCGAAAAUUUCUGGAUUUGCUUAAAGAAGAUGAUGUAAAUGAAUUUUCUCCUGAGCUUAGAAAAUGGAUCAAAACGGUGGACACUAAAGACCUGAAAACAGAAAAAGAUGACAAAAGAAGAGAAAGCGGUAACAGGCCAGUACAAGAGACUGCAAACAUGACACGACCAUCAGGCACUCAAGUAACAUGCACAAUCUCUGCGUCUAAUGGUGGCAGUGUAUUUUCGCCUCUCAUAACUGAAUCAAGUCUAGGCCCUGUUACAAUGAAUUUGACUGCUGCACCCUCUGACAGUUCAGAUGUGCUGUCAAAGUGAGACUGAAUAGAGGCCAAUACAAGGUUAGAGUAUUCUUUCUAUUCUAUAUAUGUCAGGAAAUAUUCUAUUUCUAAAAGGAAGAACCAGUAAGCUGGUUCAAAAUGUGAAGAACAUUGAUCCAAUUAUUGAAGAUCUUGACCUACACAGUGAAUCAGUUGCAAAUGAGGGAGCAAAGCCAACAAAUCAAGAGAAGAUGAAGAAACUGCUUGACUUAAAUUGUGAAAGCAUUGCGAAGGAACUGUUCAAUGAAUGAUGAACUGCUGAACAACUAAAAGUUGUAUUGUUUACCCAUCAGAUUAGCAGCAUGCUACUAUGAAGAAAUUACAUAUGGUAUUGUUAUAAGAAAAAAUUAUGAGGACAUUGAAGAUCUUGAUGAAGAUGUUUAUUGCAGUAGAUGUGACAAAGGACAUGUAGUACCUUGGAUUUAACAGAGUCUGAAUGAACCCAACAUCCUAAGGUCAAACCUUGUUUACAAUUACAGAUUACAGUUGUUUAAUAUAAAUGAAGUUGCUCCUGUUGUGACGGAAGGAGUUUUCCUUUUUUAUCCAAUUGAGAACCAAGUAUACUCUGCAAAAAUGAGUACAUAUCAGGGGUAUAUAGAAAUAAAUGAUGCAUUGUAUGUAAUAAUAUAUGUAUUGUACUGCUUUGUCAAUUUUAAAUGAAAAUUUUAAAUGAAACAGUGGCAAUUUUCCAUUCCAUCUUAUAAAUAAAAUGAAGAUCAAAUUAUAAUAAUGAAAUCAAUUGUAUUGACUUAUGUAUUUAACUAAUGUACUGUAUUUUUAUCACCACUAAAUGAGAAACAC